AUGCUGCGCUACUCGGCGCGCCAAGGUAGUGCUUCCAUUACAGGGCACGGCUCGCGUGCUGCCAUGUCACUUGCGCGUGCGUGUGAAGCGGUGCGUCCGGUACAUUUUCGCGAUACAGUAUCGGUGCGCAACCUGCGUGUGCGCAUGCGAGUCGGCCUUGACGGCUGGAACCGUGCAGUUCCACAGCCCGUCAACAUUACGGUGCAUCUCAAAACAGACGUGGCGCAAGCGGGAAAGAGCGAUGCGCUUCCACAGAGCCUUAACUACGGACAGGUAUAUCGCGCGCUUGAGUCGCACGGUGCGAAACAUGCGUACAACGACAUGGGUGCUUUGGCGCGCGGCAUUGCGCGGGUGUGCAUAGACGAGUGCAAAGCGCCGUGGGCCGAGGUGUAUGUUGCACUUCCUCGAGCGCUGCUGAAUGCAGAGCAUGCGGGUGUGUCUUUGGUUCGUGGUGCGCUGCAGGACGCGGCGCAGUAUGACCAGCUGCAUAUUGCUGCCAUGGAAGUCGACGCAAUCCUCGGCCUUAAUCCCUGGGAGCGCGAAGCGCGCCAAAGGGUUGUGGUGCAUAUUGCUUGUUGGCAUUGCAUGGAUGUGCCUGUGCGGUAUAAGGCGCUUGCUGAGAGUGUCGGUGCAUUUAUCGCGCAAUCGAGCUUCCAGACGGUCGAGAGUUUGGUUACCGGCAUUGCUGAGAUUGCGACGCUGCAGUGCGGAUUCGAAAAGGUUGCCGUACGUGCAGAGAAGCCCAGGGCGAUUAUGCAUGCCGAUAGCGCGAGCGUUGAAAUCGUGCGCGAUCGUGCAUUCUUUGGCGCCGCGCCGCUUCGAGCGUGCGAUACGUGGCACAGCGUCGCAAUUGCGCUCGGCGCAAACCUCGGCGAUCGCCUUGCCAAUUUGCAGGGCGCACUAGACCGCCUUGCGGCGCAUCCAGACAUCCAGUUAAUCGACACGAGUUUUCUGUACGAGACAAAACCGAUGUACUAUGUGGAUCAGCCGUUAUUCCUGAACGGCGCUUGCCGUAUCCUUACCACGCUCUCUCCGCACGAACUCUUGCGUGUUACGCAGGCGAUUGAAGUGGAUGUAGGACGGUGCAAAGAUAAUGUGCCACGCAACGGGCCGCGCGCGGUCGAUCUUGAUCUUUUACUGUACGACGACGCGCACGUCCAAGACGGCGAGCACCUCCUUAUUCCCCACCCCCGCAUCCAGGAGCGCGCUUUUGCGCUACAUCCACUGCGCGAUAUUUGGCCGCAUGCCGAGCACCCUGUCUUGCAGCGAAGUAUCGAGCAGCUCUUGGGUACACUUCUCCAUACCGAAACGUACCACCCGCUUGAGUUUUCGCGCGUACUUCCACUUGGGAGUGGGCAUUUGUGGCGCUGGGGAGAAAAGACGCUGGUCAUGGGCAUUCUGAACGUCACGCCAAACUCUUUUUCCGAUUCUGGUGCACAUUUCCAGCUCGAGGACGCGAUGCAUUCUGCACGGGCUAUGGUGCGCGAAGGUGCGGACAUAUUGGACGUUGGCGGUGCAAGCACUGCACCGCGAGCAGAAAAUGUUUCGCCCGAGGAAGAGGCCGAGCGUGUACUACCGCUGAUCCGCCAACUUGUGGACGAUCCCCAUACGUGCAAUACCCCCAUUUCCAUCGAUACGUUUCAUGCAAGCGUCGCGGCGCGCGCACUCGAUGCGGGCGCUGCAUUGGUCAAUGACAUCAGUGGCGGCAUGCGCGACCCAGCAAUGCUGCCGCUCAUUGCAGAGCGCAAGUGUCCCUACAUCCUCAUGCAUAUGCGCGGCGAUCAGCACACCAUGUCAGCGCUCGCAAACUAUCAGGACGUCGGUGGCGAGGUGUGUGCAGAGCUUGGCGAACGACUCGCUGCUGCGCUCCGCGCAGGCAUUCCACGCUGGAACAUUAUCCUUGACCCGGGCAUUGGGUUUGCGAAGAACACGCACAGCAAUCUCGCGCUUAUCCGCAGUUUAACCACAAUCAAUGGGCCCGGCGGCGCCCGCGGCGGCUUGGAUGCUUUGCACAAUGUACCGACACAGCCGAAAGACACGGUGGACAUUGCUGCGCCCCAGUGUUCGCUGCUACGCUUUCCCAUGCUGCUGGGUCCAAGCCGCAAGCGGUUUCUCGCGGAGCUGAUCCACGAAAAAGACGCAGAUAUAAAAGGGCGCGUGUUUGCGACCAUGGCUGUGUGUGCCGUUGGGAUCGGUACGGGGUCUGUCGAUAUCAUACGUGUGCACGACGUGCGUGCCGGCGUGGACACGGCGCGAACAACGGACGCAAUUGCGCGGCCUGCAGUGUGCUAUUCCAAGGACACUCCAUAG